UAAACGUGCUGGCAGAAUUUUGGAUAAGCGAAUAUGUUGGAUAAUAAAGAGGGAUUAAGGAAAAGCCUAUGAAACAUCAAAUUACAUUAAAUUACAUCACCAAAACAUCAUGUUUUACAACAAAUUUGACAGAAAAAGCAGUUCAAUACACAGCAAUGUUAUGUAGUAAUUACUGUAUUUACGAAUUUAGCACCAAAAACCACAAUGUAUUGAAAAGAUUGACUACAAAAACAUUGGCUACUAAAAGGCAGACUGUGUUGGAUAAUCCAGAACACUGGAUAAGCAAAUGUUGGAUAAGUGAGACUCUACUGUAUAUCUGUGGAAGGUCCAGGGUGGGAGACAGAACACUUGUCUCUAAAAUAUGUAACAACACUCUGAAACAGAGGAAUCCCAGACACGAAUCAAUCAGGGCCAGCUAACACCUCCAAACACAGGAUUCUCCCAAGCAGGAAAAAACCACAGGGCCAUCAAAUGUUAAUCAAGGCAAUUAAUUAUAGCAUCUACACCAGCCUCUAAUAAACAAUAAACAAGAGUUCUUUCUCCACCCUGGACAUUAUUCCACAGAUAUAUCAACCCCACUUGACUAGUUUCCAACAGACCUCACAACCUCUGAGGAUGCCUGGCAAAGAUGUGGGCGAAACGUCAGGAGAGAAUGCUUCUGGAACAUGGCCAUACAGCCCGAAAGACUCACAGCAACACAGAGAUUCCGGCCAUGAAAGCCUUUGACAAUACAGUAUUCUCAAACUGUUUUUGGGGCGGCCUAACAAGAGGAGCUGGCACUGACUCCACAAACUCCUUAGUGGAAUUUAUGAAAGCUGCAGAAAAAUCUACAACAAACGCUUGAAAGAACCUUCAGAAGCUACCUGAAGAAGGGAUUUUGAUCCAGAAACAAGGGUUAAAAAUACCCGGGAAUCCUUGUUGUUUCUACAUUCUUUUGUUCUACAUUCCUUUAUGUUUUACAUUCCUUUUGCGCAUCUCCAAAACAUUAAUUUACAUGGGACUAUGAUAAAGUUAUCUAAAGUGUGAACCACAAUACAUAGUUGUUUACUCCAUUGACCAAGCAUUUCUAAGACGUUUAUCUACGUGGGACAAGACUGGAAUUUAAAGUGUUGUACUCAGUUAUUGAACAGACUUAAUUGUUACUGAAAAAACAUACAAACAUGAAUAUAAUGUUUGAUGUAAUGCUAUAAACAGUUUGUAUUUGUGUAUUACUCAUGCGCCUGUAAGGAUUAUAAUUUGUCUGUUAGCAUUGUUUUAUUCUGUGUAAUAGGACUACUGUAUCUUUAUACUGACUCAGUCCUGUCAGAGAAAGCCUGACUGGAACCAAGACACGCUACAUCCACGGCGUUUUCUGCAUCGAUUCAACUUAUAUAAAAUUUAGAUUAUUCUGUGAGACCUAAAAUUUAGAUUAUUCUGUGAGACCUAAAAUUUAGAUUAUUCUGUGAGACCUAAAAUUUAGAUUAUUCUGUGAGAAUGGGGCCUAGAGUCUAGAUACACCCGUGUGGUCGGACUGGAUUGGCGUUUGCUCCGCCCUGAGGGAAGUUUAUCCAAGAUGGAGAACGGGCACGCUAGGAUCCCUCAGGCCUUGUGGAAAUACAAGCAUUUUUACGUCCCCGUGGUGUGCCUGUCCGUCCUGAUUUACCUUUUCGUCUACAAGGAGAGAGCCAGGCAAAGCAUGACAGGGUGGGGAUUUCCAGAAGCCUCGCCUCCCUUGAAGCUUUUGCCGGAGGAGAAAUACAAGUCCAUGUUCCUGUACAACGGCCUCUGGCUAGGCCCCAAAAAUGGCUGCGAAUGUGUCAAGAAGGACAAGCUGGUGGUCUAUCAAAUGGAACGUUCUAUCGACAAGGACAAGCUGGCUGCGGUCACAAAGAGACGCGAGAAAGAAUUCAAGGAUUAUCAGAGAAGAUAUUCCUAUCGGGAAAAGGACGUCGUCGUUGCUCGGCCCAACGUGCCUUUGAGCUACCCCAUCCAAGGAGCCGAGGUGAUGCCUUUCCACACCAUUGUCAUCCCAGGGCUUGGCUUCCAUGGAGGACAUGCGGAGGAGAAACAUAAGGUGACCUUAGAGGCAUCCUUGGGUACUUUGGACACACUUGCCGACGUCCCCCAAUACGUUGUGAAUGGGCGAGGGAAGAAAAAACUGACCAUCUCCACUGUUCACGUGGAGCUUCUCAACCACAUCUUGAAACACGUCACAUACACGAGUACGGAGUAUUUACUGCAUGCAGUGGACUUCAUGAGCUUUUCAACAGGGCAUCACCACGUGAUGUUCCCGGUGACGAUCCGGCAGCCCUACAUGCCGAAGUUGUUCGAUCCAGGGCCGGAUAACAACAUCCGCGAUUUAGUGACCAUCACAACAAAGACUUUCUUCCGUUACCACAAGCUGCGGGCCCUGAUCAAGAGCAUCAGGAAGUUCUAUCCGGAUAUAACCAUCAUUGUGGCCGACGACAACGAACAUCCCGAGAAGAUCGAAGAACCUCACGUCGAACAUUUCAUCAUGCCGUUUGCAAAGGGUUGGUUUGCCGGGAGGAAUCUCGCCGUCUCUCAGGUCACAACGAAAUACUACCUUUGGGUGGAUGAUGACUUCUUGUUCACGGAGGAAACCAAGAUCGAGGAAUUGGUGGCCGUGUUGGAGAACACCAACUUGGACGUGGUUGGCGGCUCCGUUCAACGAAACGAUUACAAGUUCCGGAUCAUUUACGAGGAAGGAGACGGCAGCAGCUGUGUACACCUCAGGUUCGGCUCUUACCACCGCUUAGAAGGCUUUCCUCAUUGCGUGGUCGCCAGCAGCGUGGUCAACUUCUUCCUUGCCCGUAUGGAGGAGACCAGAUGCGUUGGGUUUGACCCAAAGCUGCGGAGAGUGGCUCACUCGGAAUAUUUUGUGGACGGGCUGGGGCGUUUGCGGGUCGGUUCCUGCAAUCAUGUCACUGUGGACCACCAGCCUCUUGAUACUGCAAAGAAUUCGGACGAGCGUAAUGCUGAGCACACAUAUAGUAAAUACCGGGACAGCACACCGGAACAGGUCCAGUUUAAGAUGGCUUUGUGGUUCUUUAAGUACAGGAUGAAAUGCUUGUCAUUCGGAUGACUGCUCUCCUUCAAGGUUGCUUUCCGUAUCCUGUUGCCCCAGGUGAAAAGUUUCUUUGUGGCAGUGGUUCUCACCUUGUGGGUCCCCAUCUGUUUUGGUCUACAACUCCUAGAAAUCCCAGCCAGUUUACAAGCUGUUAGGAUUUCUGGGAGUUGAAGGCCAAAACAUCUGGGGACCCACAGGCUGAGAACCACUGCUUUAUGUUUCUUGGUCUGAACCAGGCAUGGGCAAACUUGCGUCCUCCCGGUGUUUUAGACUUCAACUCCCACAAUUCCUAACAACCGGUAGGCCGUUAGGAAUUGUGGGAGUUGAAGUCCAAAACAUCUGGAGGGCCCAAGUUUGCCCAUGCCUGGUCUGGACUCCAGAGGUUAUGGUUUGGUUUUACAGUCACAGAUUGGCCAUGGAAUUAUAAUAAAACUAUGUUCUGUUUACACUUCAUUUUAAGGUACUAUUGAGAAAGUUUAGUUAAGGCAGUGGUUCCCAACCUUUGGGCCUCCAGGUGUUUUGGACUUCAACUCCCAGCAAUCCCAGCCAGUUUACCAGCUGUUAGGA